AUGUCGACCGUAAACGGGUGCGCUCUUACUUCUCUCGUUCCCACCGCGCAAUCUUCUUCAUCCCUCAAGAGACGCCCCUUCGUAGUUUGUCAAGCGUCGUCUAAUUCUCCACCGAGCCUCAUUCAAAACAAGCCUGUUUUUGCUGCUCCUGCUCCUAUCAUCCACCCCAUUUUGAGAGAAGAUAUGGGGAAAGAGUACGAGGAAGCCAUUGCAGGACUUCAAAAACUUCUCAGUGAGAAAGGAGAAUUGGCACCAGUGGCUGCAGCAAAAAUUGAUCAAAUUAAAGCAGAGUUGGCAACACUUGACAAAACCACCGUUUCCAGCACUGUUGAGCAGCUGAAAAAUGGCUUUGUCCACUUCAAAAGAGAGAAAUAUGAGAAAAAUCCAGCCUUGUAUGGUGAACUUGCCAAAGGCCAGAGCCCAACGUAUAUGGUAUUUGCCUGCUCCGAUUCGCGCGUCUGCCCAUCACACGUCCUGAAUUUGCACCCGGGAGACGCAUUCAUGGUCCGAAACAUUGCUAACAUGGUCCCUGCCUAUGAUAAGGUUAAAUACUCUGGAGUUGGAUCUGCCAUUGAGUAUGCUGUUCUUCACCUCAAGGUUAAGGAAAUCAUAGUCAUUGGACACAGUGCCUGUGGAGGAAUCAAGGGGCUCAUGUCUCUCCCUGAUGAUGGAUCCACCUCCACUGACUUCAUCGAAGACUGGGUGAAGAUCUGUUUACCUGCAAAGGCCAAGGUGAAAGCCGAGCUCGGGGAUGCCCCUUUCGCUGAUCAGUGUGGACUGUGUGAGAAGGAAGCAGUGAAUGUAUCACUUGGGAACCUGCUGAGUUAUCCAUUUGUUAGAGAAGGAUUGGUGAAGAAAACUUUGGCACUAAAGGGUGGAUACUAUGAUUUUGUGAAAGGAAGUUUGGAACUGUGGAGCCUGGAAUUUGGUCUUUCUAGACCAGUCUCUGUAUGA